CUGCACGUGCGCGUGCACGCAGCACUUCGCCGUCAGCUGUUAGCUUGUGUCAUCAUCAUCAUCAUCGUCAUCGUCAUCGUCAUCUUCAUCCUCCCAGCAUCCUCCGCUCUGACGUCAUCAGCACGGCAGCAAAGUCUGAUCCCAGAAGGAUGGGAGAGUCUCGACUCAUCGUUGAGGAGAUGCUGGCGCUUUGUCUCCAGCGAUUGGCAAUGGAGGAAAGUGCGAGGACCACUGAGCUUGAGUUCAUGGAAGUGGUGAACAACUUUGAGAGCUUCCGGAAGCGAUGGCUGCAUGCGGAGUUGGAGAUGAAGAAGUACAAGGAGCUGCUGGUCAAGUCGGAUGUGGCUAAAGCUGCUCUGGAGGUCAAACUGAAACACGCCCGCAACCAGCUGGACGUGGAAAUGAAGAAGCGCUACAAGAUGGAGGGCGACUACCAUUACCUGCAGCGGCAGAUGCAGCUCAUGUGUGACAUCCUGGUUCACGACAGCAAAUCCAGCGCAUGUUUGAACGAGGAGCAGAAAUCUCUUCUGGCCGCCUUCGAUCACAAAGGACCCAACGUGACUCUGCAGCGCAGCAGCAAACGAUUGUCUGCCAUCGAUGAGUCGUCCUUCUUGUCGCACUCCGACAUCAGCUACGACCGGACAGAUGACGACAUGGACCUGGACUCUACUGUCAUCAAACCUCUGCGCUCGCGAGCGCGAGAGAGGAGGCGCACGUCCAUGAAUGUAAGCCUUGCUGCUCCCGGAGGAAGACUCGGGCGAGGCGCCAAUAUUUCUGUCGAGCUCCUGGAGUCCAAAACUGUGGGGAAGGAGGUGGAGACCAUGGUCAGGGCGUCGGUGGAGAUCCCCGAGACUGGUGGUCAGGUUCCCUUGGCGGUCGGCGUCCUGCAGGAGGAAGCAGGCGUUUCCACGCAGGAGACUGCUGGAGAGCAGACGUCCGCGUGUGACCAAGUGCAGAUGAGAAAACACCUCUUCCUCUCUAAGACGGUGAUCCGCCCUGAGAUGUGUGUGCCUUGCGGAAAAAGAAUCCGCUUUGGCAAGAUGGCGCUGAAGUGCAGGAAGUGCCGCACCGUCGCUCAUCCCGAGUGCCAGCACAAGUGUGCUGCAAGCUGCCCUGACAGCGCGCCGCCAACAGGAAGUGCUCAAAUGGACUCACUGGAGGCUUUGGCUCCUCCGAGUCAUCCCAGAGUUCCUGCGCUGGUCACGGAGUGUGUGCGAGAGAUCGAGAGGCGGGGCUUACAGGAGCGAGGCCUCUACAGAGUUCCUGGUGGCGAGCGGCAGGUGAAGGAGUUGCGGGAUCGCUUCCUGGCUGGAAAAACUCCGCUUCAGCUGGGGAAGGUCUCAGAUAUCCAUGUGGUUUGUGGCGUCCUCAAAGAUUUCCUGAGGAAGCUCAAAGAACCGCUGGUCACCUUCCGGCUCCAUCGCCACUUCAUGGAAGCUUCUGAGAUGAGCGACGAGCAUCACUCGUCGGCCGCCAUGUUUCAGGCCGUCGCUGAGCUGCCCAAGUCCAACCGAGACACGCUGGCCUUCCUCAUGCUUCAUUUCCACAAGGUGAUGCAGAGUCCUCCGUGUCAGAUGGACCACAAUAAUUUGUCUCGGGUGUUUGGACCGACUCUGGUGGGACACGGCAUGUCUGAACCCUCGCCGUCAACCAUCAUGCAGGACACAAACGUGCAGCCCAAGGUCAUCUGUCGCUUGUUGUCGCUCCCAGAAGACUACUGGAGGCGGGUCCUGAGUGUCCAGACUAAAACCACUAACCAGGCCCAAGCUCGCUUCUUCAAGCCGCUAACGUCUCCUGAGCUGAAGAGCUACCAGGCCCUGGGCUCCAAUCCGGGUCGCAUCAAAAACGUGGGCAGUGCUUUCAGCAACGGGCGAAGUGAGCCGGGGAAGAAGUUCUUCACGUCGCCCAGCUGACACUUUUACUUAAGGAAACCCAACUGAAUAAAAGAUGAAACCUGCAAUUUAAAAAAAGAA